AUGAGGCAAAGGCAUCACCGCACCCACCUCACUCACCUUAGUCGUGUUCGUGUAUUUCUCGACGCAGCUUCCUCAAAGACUAUUUUGUACCGUGGCCACGAGGCAGCUCAGCAGGAGCCCCGUCUGUUGGGCACCGUCGAGAACGAGCUCGGUCUCCGCCCGUGGCUGGAGUCCCAGGGCCACGAGUUCAUUGUCUCCGACAGCAAGGAGGGCCCCGACAGCGACCUCCAAAAGCACAUCGUAGACGCCGAUAUUGUGAUCACUACUCCUUUCCACCCGGGUUACAUCACCCGCGACCUCAUCGCUAAGGCUAAGAACCUCAAGGUCUGCGUCACCGCUGGUGUCGGCUCUGACCACGUCGACCUCAAUGCCGCCGUCGAGCGCCAGAUCCAGGUGCUCGAGGUCACCGGAUCCAACGUCACCUCCGUCGCGGAGCACGUCGUCAUGAGCAUCCUCCUGCUCGUCCGCAACUUCGUCCCCGCGCACGAGAUGAUCGAGCGUGGCGACUGGAUGGUCUCUGACGUUGCCAGGAACGCGUUCGAUCUCGAGGGCAAGGUUGUUGGCACCAUUGGUGCUGGCCGUAUCGGCUACCGCGUCCUCCAGCGUCUGCUGCCCUUCGGCACCAAGGAGCACCUUUACUACGACUACGCCCCGCUUCCGGCUGAUGCUGAGAAGGCGGUCAACGCUCGCCGUGUUGAGGACCUCAAGGAGAUGGUUGCGCAGUGCGACGUUGUCACCGUCAACUGCCCGCUCCACGAGGGUUCCCGCAACUUGAUCAACGCCGACCUCCUCAAGCACUUCAAGAAGGGUGCUUGGCUCGUCAACACGGCCCGUGGCGCCAUCUGUGACAAGGACGCUGUAGCUGCUGCCCUCAAGAGCGGCCAGCUCCGCGGCUACGCCGGUGAUGUCUGGAACGUCCAGCCCGCUCCUCGCGACCACGUCUGGCGCACGAUGAAGAACCCCCUUGGUGGUGGCAACGGCAUGGUGCCCCACUACUCGGGCACGACCCUCGACGCCCAGGCCCGCUACGCCCAGGGCACGCGCGACAUCCUCGAGAACUACUUCACCGGCAAGCCCCAGUUGCCCGCCAACAUCAUCGUCGGUGUCGGCAAGUUUGAGACGAAGGCAUACGGCCAGCGGUAA